AUGAAAAAUGAAAUUUCGUUUGCACCAAGUGUUGGUACUCGUUUGAAGAAUGUUGCCACUUCUCAUCUCAAUGAAGAUGAUUUACUAGAUAUCAUCGUUGUAAACGAGGGUACUGAUAGCAUAGGUGUUCUUCUUGGAUAUGGAAAUGGUACUUUUGAAAACCAGUUAAUAUUUCCAACAGGAUUAAAAUCUCAUCCUGACUCGAUUGCCAUUCAUGACUUCAACAAAGACGAGCAAGUAGAUAUCGCAGUGAUCAAUCAUGGUACUAAUAACUUUGUUACUUUACUUGGAAAGGGAAAUGGAAUGUUUGAAAAUCACGGAAGUUACGGGGCUAGUUUCGAUUUUUCUCCAGUGGUUAUUGGUUUAGGCGAUUUUAAUAAUGAUGAUUAUUCUGAAAUUGUUGUUGCAUAUGAUAAUUCGGAUCAUAUAGAUAUAUUUGCUCAACAUGACAUCGGAGCUUUUCCUCAACGAAUGACAUAUUUAACUGAUACUUGGUCCUUUGCAGUCGCUGUUAGUGAUUUUAAUAACGAUAGCCAUCUGGAUAUUGUCGUCACUACUGCGUAUAGAAAUGUCAUAGAUAUCCUUCUUGGAAAUGGCAAUGGCUCUUUUACAAGAGUAGCGGCGUACUUAACAGGCGCCUUACCAGAAUCUGUAGCUGUCGGUGAUUUCAAUAACGACGCUCGGUUAGACAUCAUUGUCGCUAAUUGUGGUAACAACACUGUAAUACUAUUCUUUGGAUCUGGCAAUGGAACUUUUCCAACUGACAUAACACACUCAACAGGCUCCUUACCACGAUCUGUAGCUGUUGGCGAUUUUAACAGUGACAGCAAAUUGGAUGCUGUCAUUGUGAACUCUGGUAGUAACUCUGUUACACUACUCCUAGGAUCCGGUAAUGGAACUUUUCCAACUGAAUUAACGUACUCCACUGGUUCCUUACCGCAAUCUAUAGCUGUCGGUGAUUUCAAUAGCGAUGCCAGCCUAGAUAUAGCUGUCGCUAAUUAUGGGGACAACACAAUAAGUGUACUUCUCGGAUAUGGAGAUGGCUCAUUUACAAGCCAAAUAAUAUAUGCGAGUGGUGCCUCGCCACUCACUGUGGUCGUUGGGGAUUUCAAUAAUGAUACCCGACUGGAUCUCGUCCUCACUAAUCAGAUUGAUGGUUGUGUAAGUGUACUACUCGGAGUUAUCAAUCAAGCUUUUUUAAAAGCAGAGACACUCAUAACUGGUAACGGAUCUCAACCGAGCUCAGUUGUCAUUGCAGAUUACAACAAUGACAAUAAAAAGGAUAUUGCAAUUGCCAAUUUAGGAACAAAUACCAUCGACAUUUUUCUCGGAAACGGCAAUUCCUCUUUCACUAGCCAAAAGAGUUUGCUAACUGGCUCUACUCCCAAGGCUGUUGCAAUUGGUGAUUUCAACAACGACAAUAUUAUUGAUAUUGUUGUCGCGAAUUAUGAUAGUGGCAAUGUAGGUGUAUUUCUUGGAUGCGGUAAUGGUUCUUUUUUGAGUCAGAAGACAUUUACGACCGGUUCUCAAUCUUAUCCUAUCGAAGUUGCUGUUGGUGAUUUUAAUAGCGACACAUUUGUAGACAUUAUUAUUGCUAAUUAUGGUAUCAACACAGUGGGUAUAUUGCUUGGAUAUGGAUGGCUUUAUAUGGAUAAAAUGAAUGGUGCAAGAUAUCGACAUACAGUAGCAGUAUUAGCAAAUGGAAAAGUCUUGGUUACUGGUGGGCGAAAUGGUAGUUAUGCUUUAAAUACUGCCGAGUUGUGUGAUCCGGAAACAGAAAUUUGGAUAACAACUUCUAGUGUGAAUCAUGAGCGAUAUGUACAUACAGCAUCAAUGGUAGCCAGUGGAGAAGUGUUAGUAACAGGAGGAUGGAAUGCUAGUUAUGCUUUGAAUAGUGUUGAGUUAUAUGAUGCAUCAGCGAGAAAUUGA